AUGGCUUCAGAAUCCACUGAUGUUCUCGUCCACCAAAGCUUAAUACUUGAAAAACCCGUAUCAGAAUCUACAAAAACCUUGACUGAUCUUCCACCUGACUCCUUUUGGGUCCCUAAAGACUACGAGCAAGAUUGGUUCGAUCGAAAUGCAAUGAUGCAACGCAAAACCUCCAUAAAACUCGCUUGUUCAACUCAUAACUCCAAGUCUUUUUCUCACCGUUCUUCAAUCUCUUUCAGCCAAAAACACAGACCAUCUCUCAUUGGAACACCUCGCUUGGGCUUCACUGGAGAUGCUAAUCAACGGCGAAACCAAGUGGAUUAUCCUUCGUUGUUCAGAAGUAGGUCUGAACCAGGAGGUAAGCCACCAAUGCACCUAUCUGAACCGGGUUCUCCUAGGGUGUCUUGUACUGGAAGGAUUGGAUUCAAGAAUGGUAGUCAUAGGAAAACCGGUUUUUUGAGACUUUUCAACUCGAUUUUUCGCCUUGGGCGAUCGGUCAAAGGGAAAAAUCACAG